UCAAAAUCAGCUGCUAGCCAUAAACAGACGUCGAUGUAAAACGCAAAUAAUUUUAGUGAGAAAAAGUGCUCGAUAAUAAAGCUUUAAAAAUAGAUAGGAAGGAGAGUCUCAACAGGAUGGAGUCCAAUAGUGAAGGAAGGAACAGGAUUAAGGGAUAUACGAGUUUAGUUGGUUCGAUAAAUAAUCUUCUAGAGAGUCUCGAUAAGGAUGACACAGUUAGAGGCGCCAUUGAGAGCUCCGUCAUACGCAUUGCUGAUCAGAGCCCCAAUGAGGUGCUUCAGACAAUCUAUGAAUUCCGGCAGAAGCACACAAAGCUCAGUGAGGUGAAUGUCUCCACGAUCUUGAGAAUUGUGGAGCAUGUGACGUGCACAAAGAAGGCACAGGAAUCCCUGACGGAGGUGACAAUACAGCGGAUCUCGGAGAUGUGCAUUGCGGAGCUCGUGAAGACUCCUGAUGCAUGCCCGGUGAUCCAAAAACCAGCUCUUGAGAGUCUUGUAGCGCUGGGAAGGAAGAAUUGUGACGUUGUGAUGGAGAAUUUGAUGCGACAGAUGACACAUGGGCAGGUGACGCACUUUAUGGUGCUCCACAGCAUGGGUCAACUGGCUACGGCUAAUCCCACGGGGAUUGUGAACUUCCUCAAGCACAUCUUUCGUAUAAUUCUCCCCACGUUGGACACUGUGAAGCAGGAUCACGUCAAACAGGCGCAUGCCUUCGCCGUGGGGCGAUUCUGUGAGGCAAUAGCUGAGAAUCACAUCGAUGAAUCCCUGCCCGCGGAACCAGCUGACAUGAAGGAUGAAUUUGCCGUGGAGAUUGGAAUUGCCUACGAAGUGCUGCUUGGCAAUUGGCUAUCAUCGCGUGAACCUAAAGUCUGUGCUGAGAUACUUGUGGCUUUGUCACACAUGUUCCCCCUGAUGGCACAGGAUAAGAUCAUUGAGCAAUUGCAGAAGGUCAUUCCGACAGUUGUGGGACUCUACAGGAGAUCCAUCGAUCGCAUCUCCAUCACACAAUUCCUCGCAGCUAUUCUAAAGACGAGCACAGGGCAGAGUCCGGAUCUCCUGAAUCCCGUCGCGUACUCCCUCUGUGUCAGCUUAUUCGAUUUAAUUUGCGUCAAUCCAAACUACGAGAAGCCUCAGACGGUGAAAGGUCACAAUGAAGUGUUGCGUUGCUUUGAUCUCCUCGCACAGAACUACAGUCAUCACAUCUUGGAUUUGCUGCUCAUUCAGCUGCAGAGCAACAAUGAAAGGGAGAGGAUUAAAGCUCUGCUGGUUCUUUCGCAUCUCACCAACACUAAAGAUGCCCUCGUUUCGACGAAAAAUCGUGAAUUCUGCGACAUCCUCAAGCUGAUGAUUGGCAAUGAGAAGAGCCUGAAGAUGAAGCUUGUGCUGCUGAAAACAAUAAUUGCCUUCAUCCAGAAAUCCUUCACAAAGGAAAAGAUCUUCAUACGCUUCAUCGUCCGGCACUGUUGUCCCUACAGCAAACUCCCCACGGAAUAUGGGAACGCAGAGGAGCAUGCAGAAUUCCUGCAGAUUUGCAACAAUUCCCUCUUUAUCCUCUCCACAACUGUUGGGACUAUCGAUGACGUCCUCAAGCGAGAACUUCUCAACUACUUCAUGCUGCAAGACUACACGUGGGCCUGUGGCACACUGGCUAAAUCUCUCGCCAGCCUUUUCACAAAAGAUCCAGAAAUUCACACGGAAGACGCCAUUGGGGACAUUAAUACGGAAGAUUUGGCACUGAAAACUUCCAUCCCAAAGCCGGAAAGUAUUUUUGUGCGAUGCCUUGCUUUGAUUGCUGAGGGGGAAGAUGCAAAAAGGACACAACAUAUCCUGCAUUUUCUCAAAGCUUAUGCAUCAACCAUCAACAAACACCUUCCGUUGCUUUGGAAUGAAAAAAUCCCCGAACUUUUGAUGAUUUUGCAGAAAAAUGGAAAAUUUCAGGAUUUUGGUGAAGCACUUCUUCAAUUUCUUGCUGCAACCAUGAAGGAUGUUGAUGAUAUCAACUUCCCCGUAACACUGAUUGACGAAGUCAAGGAGCAACUUCCGCUGUAUACGCUUAAUCCGAAUCAAGCGAAUGAAUUCAAAAUCCCACCACUUCUCUCAGAGCGUGGAAUGAUUCUACGUGUCCUCGCCACUUGUUUAUGCCAUAUUCUCGAUGAAAAUACAGCUGAGGGCAUUAUAGAGCUCAUUGCGAAUGCUGCAAAGCAAGAACGUAUUGAGAAGACCCUUCAGGAUGGCGAAGAAAAUGCCCUGACGACAGCAGCAAAGGCUUUCGGGAUAAUUUCCCGGUCGUACCUCAGUCAAGUUUUGGGGAAACUCCACACAUUGCUCACGGAGGAAGGAAGAAAGAAACAAACAUCGGGAUUCUUCUCCACGUUGAAUUUUAUGAAGGAAUCCCAGAAGGAGGGUGAUAUGUUCAAGAUUAAAGUGUUUGUGAUUGAAAGUUACGGUUACAUUGUCACCCACUGCCCUCCGGAAUUGUUUCUCACCGAUGUGGAGAAGUACAUUGUGCAGUUUUUGUACGAAGAGUUGCAGGAUGCACGGGAUGCUUAUCUAAAAUCUCGAAUCCUUGAUAUUCUGCUCAAUAUAUGUCAGCAUCUCCUCGCAGCCAGUAGUGGUAGUGGGAAUGCCACGCUUAAGCUCCGGAAUAAUAUAAUUCAGCAAAUUUUAAAAAUUCCCAUCGAUGGAGCGGACAAUCUACCCUUCCUGCCGAAGAUUCUACGCCUCGGGACGGCUCUUGUGCGUAUUGAUCCAGACGACGAGAUGGCAGAACCGGAAGAAAUUCACUUCUUGGAGCGAAUCUGCGAGAACUUCUUCACAUGUGCACAGAGGCUGAAGAAUAAGUUUGAGUCUCCGGAGGAAGAUGACAGGAACAGCUAUUUGGCAAAGUAUCUCAAUGAAUCCCUUCCGGAACUCAAUGAAUUCGUCCGUGCCAUCCUCGAGGAGAACCCUUCGCCGGCGUGCCUCGAUGACAUCUCCUCAAUCCUGGAUCGGUGGUCACGUGAUCGAAAUUGCGAGGUCAGGAUAUGUGCGGGACAUGUGACAAAUGGCGUGCUAGAGGUUUACAUGAAAACCAUGAAGAUGGGUUGUGAGGCUCCGUCAAAAUUCAACCAAACCGGCCACAUGAUCGGUAAAGCCGUUCCGCGAUGUAUUGACUCCAAUGCUACGGUUCGGCAAAUCUACGUGGAUGUUCUACGGAAGAUCCUUGAAAUCUCCCACAUCUAUGAGACCCUAACACUUCCGGACACGGAAACAGAGUGGGUUAAGGAACUCAUUAAAGUCCGUUCGGAGAUUGUAACUGAUGACCCUACUGAGGUGUAUAAGUUGGCGAAUGAAAUAGCAAAGAUUGUCGCAGAUCGGCUACCUAGUUUCCAACACAUGGCACUCAGUCGUAGUCUCCUGGCUGGGUUGUCGGAUCCGGAAAAGAGUUCCGCCAUUGGUGCAUCGGUUAUCCUGAAAUUCUUCAUGCAAUUGAAAGGAUCCGAAAUGUUUCACGCAAUUACAACGUUAAUUAAUGAAUGCUUAGAGGCAAUCUCAAACUGUGACCUCGACAAUGUAAAGAUUGGCGUCCUGAAGGCAAUCGUAGCACUGGCAAAGCAUCAUCCAAAGUUAGUUUGUGCAGAAAUGCUGGCCCAGUCACUUCCGUACGAUGCAAAUGUGGCUCAAUUCUGGAGAACUCUGUGCUCAGAUCAAGAGCUAGCAGGAACAAUUAUUGAUAACUUCCUUUCGACGCUCUCAUCAUCUUGCCUGUAUGAGCCUGUUGAUCAAACAAAGAAGGAUGAUAGAAAUAAAAUUGCCACCAUUCAACCAUUUGCCAUUAUUUGCGCCCUCAAGGAGAUCCUUCCGUGUCCUGAGAUGCAAAAUGACCUGAAGAAGCGUUUCCCGGAACUAUUCGGUAUGCUACUAACCACCCUUGCCACGUAUACAGGUGUCCUUGCUCCAAAUGCCCCCACAAAUCCAGCACAAGCAGGAAAAACUUCCACACCGGCUAGCAAAGCAGCCUCCAAAUUUGGCUUCAUUCCCAAUAAGGAGUCCGUCAAGACGAGUCCCUGUGAGGUUGUCCUGCAGACAUUUAAGGACUUCCUGCGUAACUUGGGCAUGGAACAAGUUGCUAUUGUCUUCGAUGUGUGCCCCCAAUUGGCAACAACGGAGAAUUUGGGGCAUUUUGUGGAUAUUGUGCAGCCAAUUGCAAAUGCUCUGGUCAGUGAAUUGGGUAUCACGUCGACGGCAAUGCGUCAGGUGGUGACGGUGAUGAGUAAGUACAUUCCCAGUCCGUAUGAUCCACAACGGGUUGCCGCCAUAUCGCUCUAUUCGCAAUUGGUGCCACACAAACCGAGCGGGGAGAUUGUCUCCGUCAUCAUUCUCCACUUGAAUUCAUCGCUUAAUGAUCCGCAUCCCCUUGUGCGCGGAUGCUGCCUCCGUGGAUUGGGUUUUGUAGCAUCCUUGGCGACCUUUGAUGCAGACAAGUAUUCUGAGAUGACACUCACGGCUCUCAUGAAGGGAUUGGAUGAUACAGGAAGUACGGAUUUAAUGAACAUUCCGCUUGAGAGUAUUCAGGGAUUGUCACGAAUAAUGGUGACGAUGUCGUGCAAGAAGAUUGAAAUGUUCCAAAUAUCUCUGGCCAUACGGAUAAGGCCGUUCUUUGAGAAUGGCAUUCUUGAGUUGCGAAAUAGUGCAAUUUGUCUCUUUGGGGAUGUUUGCCAAUCGAAAUUGGAUGCAAUUGCCAAGAAGAGCGAUGAGGUGGAUGAACAGAUGUCUCUUGAACCAUUCAGGGAGCAGCUGUACUACAACUUCUGUCCACUCUUGUUGCAUUUGUGCGAAGUUGAGGCUCCAAUUGCGCGUUCAACCAAAAUUACACUGAAGAAAAUGUGUGCGCUCCUCAAGGCCCCAAAAUUGGCGUCAAUGGCUCAAAUGCAUCUCCUAGAGCACGGUCAGUUGAACUAUGAGGCCUUCCUGGAGGACUUUGUGAAGGUCAUUGGGGAGGAACUGGUGGAGAAUAUGUCGGAUUUCAUUGAAUCCUGCCUGCCACACUUUAAGAGUCAAUGGCCAGAGGUGAGGGGUAAUGCAGCAGUUCUCGUGGGACUUCUUCAGAACUUCAAUACCACCAACCAACCCAAUCUUGAACACAUUACGCAGAAAAUUUGUGCUCUACUGAAAGAUGAGAGUCCCAGUGUGAGGGUGAAAGCAGCUACAGCACUCGGAUAUCUCUUCUCAGGACAAUAGAUCAGGACAUCUCCAUGCUAUUCGGAGAAUUCUUCAUUUCCAUUGCAUUAAAGAAAAAUUAUACAUAAAGAAAUUUAUCAAAAGUUUACAUGGCGCGCAUAUUUUGCUUUUUAUCUAAUGAAUAAUUAUAAAUAAAAUGUAUUUGUGAUAGUCCCAAUAAAAUAUUUCAUACACAACAUAUAAAAAAAAUUGA